AUGGUGUGCGGUGACAGGGUGUCUAUUGAUGUACACACCCUGAAGAAGAAGCUCAGCAGGGCGGCCUGUGACCCAGCGGCCUGCACCAUCCUGGGCAGCCUGCUACUAUAUGUCGUGGGCCACCAAGAUGGGACCCCAGGGGUUGGGGGCAGCAGGUCCAGCCGUAAGCCAGAAGCCCAGGAGGCUGUCCGGCGACCUACGCGGUUCCAGCUCCUGCAGGCCAAGUUCCUGGGUGCCGGACGGGAGCCCCCGCUCAAGAGGACACGGGAGGUGGGCAGGCUGAUUCUCAAGGACAGGCAUGGGCCUAGCCGGAGCCUGGUGAGUGCCACCAUUAGCAGGCUCCUGGACAAGGCUCAGGGGAAGGACGAGGACCAGGGGAGGGCCGGCGGCCUGAGCCAAAGUCUCCCCAGCGAGAAGCCCCGGUGGGGGUCCCCUGCUGGGAAAAGCACUGUGAAAAACAUCCUGAAGAAGUUCUUGGCCGCAGAGGAGAAGGCGGCGGAAGAGAGAGAGGCAAGCAAGAAGCCCCUGGCACAGGGGCUCAAAGCCCCACGGGGCCUCCUGCCCAAGAUCGUGGGCAGGAACUCUGUCCUGUCCAAACUGCGUGAAAAGUUCGAGCAGAACAGCUGCCUGUGUUCGGAGGCUGGGGUGCUGCCACUCCGCACAGACACAAGGAAGAGGAAGAACCUGCAGAGGAGGAAGAUGCACAGGCCGGAGGUGCGGGUGCUGCAUACGGCCACCAUGGCCAGUACCUGCAUCAGGAUGCCCCCUGCCUGGCUUCUGGCCUGCACGGCCGAUCCCCUGCCAGCCUUCAGCAUCGCAACCGUCACCUGCAGCCCCCGGAGCUGGCUGUCCCACUGCACUAAGAUCAGUCACUUGGACACCAGGCACCAGCCCCGAGGAAAAACCAGACUGCUCCCUGACACAGGGGAAGCAGAGCCCGGGGGAGACAAAGCACAUCGGAAGGGGCCCCUCCAGGAGGAGCCUAAAGGACAGCCAGAGCCCUCAAGGCCCCACAUGGCAGCUCAGAGAGGCAGCCACACUGAUCUUCAGGUGCCACUAGCCUGUGCGGGGCUGGAGCAGGUGUCAAGGCUGGACUCACCUCAUGCUCCUGGCCACAUGCCUGCAUUGUCCUCACUGGGAUCAGCCAGCCCAGAGGGUGACAGUUUAGCCAGAGAUGAUAGGACAGUGGGCAGCACAGCAAAGAGUGCUGUAGAUAGCACCCGAGAAGUGGGGGGAGCGGGAGCUGCUGGGUCUGCAGCACCCCUGGGGGAGGGUACAGCAGCAGUCCCUGAAAUCACCAUGACUGUUUGCAGCUCAGAGGAUGAGAUGGAAAUCAUGAUGCCAAACUCAGAAAAAGACCCCUUCUUUGCCACCCAAAAGUAUUUUCCAGAACAGAAAGGGCUAGAGCACAUCCCACCGCUCUACACACCAGUGGUCCAGGCUGCUUGGAGAGCACAGCCUGCUGUGGAGCCCCCGCGGAUCACUAUGCAGCGUCCCCUUGUCCAUGUGAUGCCCCUUGGUCCUGCCUCUCUGCACAACACAUUUCCUUGCAAAGACACACCUUCUUGUGUUCUGGGAGGAGAAAGUGCAGUUGAAAAUGCACACACAGUAUUUCCCACUGUGACUGAGAACAAAGGAGUUCAAAGACACACAGCAGAACCCAGAGAGCCUGUUAUGACACCAGCGGGACUCGAAGCUUCUUCCACACAGGGGGCACAGGCAAACCUGCAUUCUGCACCACUGAGAGACACUGACAGUGCUGACAGCAGUACCCCAGCGACAGUUCUGGUGCCAAGACCCCCUAAAAAUCCACCUGGUGGAAAGGAAAACAAUACAACUUUUGAGAAUUCCAGUAGUUUCAAGAGUCACAAGGGUGUUUCCGGAGAGAACAGUUCUGAGCCCCAUGAAAGCCAGCGCCCCCAGGGCAAGAGCAGUGGGGCCUCUGCCCCAGAGCCAGCGGAUGGCCCAGCCAUGCCCAUGCCUGGUGCUGGGAGCUGCCAGGGCAACUGGGCCCUGCACCAGGACAGGAUCCAGAGCAAGCCUGGGGUGGAGAGAGACCUUCGAGGGGAGGUGGAAGCGCCAGAGCACAAGCAUCACAGGACAUUGAGCUUGGCCAAGUACAGAGCCCAAAGCUUCAGUGACCAGAGAGCCUUUGAUCUGUCCUUCAGACCAAUGAGCCUCAAAGCCAAUGACACCUUCAACCUCCCAAAGUGA